AUGGAGAGAAGCACAUUACUGACUGGAGGGACUCAUUUUCCCGCCAACUUAAAUAGUUACCAGACUGUCAUUUCGAGCGUGCUCAAUAAGACCGUCGAGCUGGUACGAGAUCCGAAAUUUCUCAACAGAAGAGUUCAACUGCUUCGAGAUCCGUUUACGAGUAAUUCUGCAACGCCUUUCAGAAAAUUUUACACCGUAGACUUUGUUCCAAGCUCAAUAGAGAUGCACUUUUUCGUACCCGUUGGAAGACCCAGUGACUAUCAAAUCUUGGUAAACGGAACGGAUGGAAAAACUUAUAGCUUGGCAUCGGCAGAGCACGUUCAAAAAUACUCAAGUUGGGACAGAAAGUACAAAAUUCACACCUUUACCAUACCAUCGACAUCAACCUCGGCAACUGCUACGUUCAUGGUCGAUACGACUGGAGAACCGUUGUCAGGCUUUUACGAGGCUGUUGAAAUUCUGGGUGAAAACGUUCCGGUUUACGUUGGCGGCGGAGGCCAACCCAAAAAUCGAGUAAUCGAUGUCGAAGUCUAUACAUCUGGAAAAAAUGGUGUCCUCAACAUGGCUGACAUUUACGAAGACCCUUCUUUUUUGGUCUUCGCUUCAAUUCGAAAGGGCUAUGCAGUUGCUCGAACACUUAAGUUUGCUGUUGCUACCGUUCAUUGGCCAAACGCAACCCAACAAUCCGUGUCUUUGAGAGACGACGGCCUUUACCCUGACUUACUGGAAAAAGACGGCAUAUACACGGGUUUCUACAAACCGACAGUGAGUGGCAUAUUUCACGUUUCUGUUCUCUUAGACGGUUACCGAAGAUCCGAUCCACUUGCCCAAUUCAACAAUAAUCCUUCCAGUCGUUCAAUACCCAUCGAUCAGAACGAAGAUUCGUCCUAUCUCGAAGGGGGUUCUACAUCCAGUUUUCAACGUUGGAUUCCCUAUGCUGCCAGCCUUGACGUGCGGUCGGCGAUUUUUUACGAAGAACGGCCGGCUCGCAUCAUGGAUUUCCGAAUCGACAAUUACGAUUCAGAAAACCAAACAGUAACUUUUUCUUGGACUUCUCCUCAAGAUAGUUACGGCAAAAACACGUCGGUUGCUUCCUAUCGACUGGUGUACAGCUUAUACCCAGAUCAGAUUAUCAAUAAUGACGGACAAAUUCCGGAAACAGCUGUAGAAGUAGGUCCAAGCACCAUCGUAGAGGGAUCUUUAGAUCCUUUGCAACCUUUUGUUCGUCAUUCUGUGACCGUCAACCUGGUACGAGAUGGACCCGCGCCCCCUUCGAUGUAUUUUACCAUAAAUUCCAAGAGUACAUCGGAUGUAGAGUCGUAUGCUGCACCUGUGGUUUACCUUACCGGGUCAGAGCCCCCUGUUACUACGACUGUCUCAAAAACAACAGUCACUACUCCAACAACAACGGCUGUUACAACUCCAACUACUUCAACAACAACAUCCAAACCUACAACUGCCAGCACUGCUGCGAGAACAUCAACGACGACGACGAAACCGUCAUCGACAACAAUGGCGCAACCGAAUGGUGCUCAAAUCACCCGAGUUUCAUCAGCCUUAUUCUAUUCCUUAUUCUCAGUUGCAUUGAUUUUAAUUUUCGCUUUGUGAACAACAAAAUGAUUUAUUUUAUUUUAAUUGUAGGAAACUUUUCUUUUCUAACAGCUUAUCGUAUAGUUUUUAACGAUUAAUUGAAUAGAAUAUAAUGAAACGAUAUGAAUUAUUAGAUUGUACGUAAAUUCGAAAUAAACUGAAUUAAAUAAA